AUGCCUAAAGUCACUUUUGAUCGGCUUGAAAUUAAGCCAGAGGAGCUUAAGUCUACAGGAAAUCCGUUGUUGGGGUUUAAUGGCAAACGAGUCGAACCGAUCGACACAGUUGAAUUGGUGGUCCGAACAGCUGAGAGGGACUUAGUCGAAAGUUUUGUGGUGGUGGAGAGCUAUCCCUCCUACAAUUUGUUGAUGGGGAGAGGAUGGAUCCAUAGGGUACAGGGAGUCCCCUCAACCCUACACCAAGUGAUGAGAUGCCUAAGCCCAGACAGGAGCAAGGUGAUUGAUAUUCAUGGGGAUCAGGUUGUAGCAAAGGAAUGCUACUCAGUAACUCUGAAAGCCGCAGGGAAGGAAAAGGCUCACAUCCGAUCUGUUGCUGCGCAAUAG